AGCAAUGUCACAGAACUGACCACAUUCAUCAGAAUAUGGAGUCUGGAGAGCGGUUAACGUCAUCAUCAAUCUCCUCUACUGCAGCUGCUUCCACUCCAGUGUCUUCUGCACCGUCGGUAGCUCCAGCAGUAUCGAAAGGCAGCCUUUCUACUGGAGCUGCGUCGCUGAGUUCCACAAUCAACACCUGUGAAUGGUGGCGAACAGCGGACACGCACUCUCGUCACGGGGCAGCUUUUUUCCCACCGCUCUUGGGAAUUCCACCGCUGUUUGCACCUCCUGCACAGAAUCAUGAUUCUGCUUCGUUCCACUCAAGAGCGGCCGGAAAAAACAGUCGGAGCAGUACAGAAAAAGGUAUAAAUGGAUCACUGAAUGGGAACAGCACCAUUGCAGUGUCUGGUAUCAGCACGUCUGUACUAUCCACUAGCAUUGCAACAUCUGCAGGACAAGUGAAAGCUGUAAUGUCAGGAGCAGGAGGCCGCAAAUACAACCAGGAGCAAAGCAAAGUGCAGCUUUUGGACACCAGAGCUGACAAAAUCAAAGAUAAGAAACCCAGAAAAAAAGCAGUGGAAAGCUCUAGUAACAGUGACAGCGAUUCAGGCUCCUCUUCAGACACCUCAAGUGAAGGCAUAAGUAGUAGUGACUCUGAUGAUCUAGAAGAGGAUGAAGAGGAGGAGGACGACCAGAGUGCUGAAGAGAGUGAAGAUGAUGAAUCUGAUUCUGAAAAUGAAGCACAUCACAAAAACAAGAACAAGGUGCUAAUGCAUAGUGGUGUAACGGAUGUGAAAACUGAUGGGCAAAAACCACAUGAAAAGUCCCAAGAAAAAAGAACACACCAGCAGAUACCUCUUGUGUCUGAUUCACAGACUCACUCAUCAUUCCAGUCCCAGCAGAAGCAGCCUCAGGUUUUGUCACAGCAGCUUCCGUUUAUUUUCCAAAGCUCUCAGGCAAAGGAGGAAUCUGUGAACAAACACACAAGUGUAAUACAGUCUACGGGAUUGGUUCCCAAUGUGAAACCUUUGUCUUUGGUAAAUCAAGCCAAAAAGGAAACCUAUUUAAAACUCAUAGUUCCUUCCCCUGAUCUACUCAAAGCAGGGAGUAAAAAUACCUCUGAAGAAUCUAUCUCUUUGACCAGCGAUGUAAGAUCAAAACGGGAACAGUAUAAACAGACAUUCCCAGCAGCACAGCUAAAGAAACAAGAAUCGUCUAAGAACCUGAAGAAGGUUAUUGCAGCUUUGUCAACCCCCAAACCAACGUGUAGUUCACCAGCUCAUCAAAAACUCACAUCCUUGGAAAACAACCAUUCUAAUCCAUUCCUGACAAAUGCACUUUUAGGUAAUCACCAACCCAAUGGAGUUACUCAAAGCGUCAUCCAGGAGGCUCCUCUUGCACUGACUACGAAACUGAAAUCCCAUACCAAGAUCAACGAAAGUGUAGCCAUUUCUAGUAGUGCCCCGUUUUCUUUGCCAGUAAACUUGAGUGUGUCUGGGAAAAAACCAACUGGUAACCGGACACCUGUUAUGCCCUCUACCUCUCCUGUGUUACCUGGUUCAGGAAAGGAUAAACCAGUCAGCAAUAAUGCAGUAAAUGCAGUAAAAACACAACACCGCCUUCAUUCUGCAAACCUGGUGGUGGAGCAGUUCAGAGGGGUAGACUCAGAUGCCCCCAGCAGUAAAGACUCUGACGACUCAAACGAUGAUGACGACGAUGAUGAAGAUGAAGAAGAGGACGACGAAGAUGAUGAUUCUGAUGAUAGCCAAUCAGAAUCUGACAGUAAUUCUGAGUCAGAUACAGAAGCGUCUGAGGAUGAAGAUGAUGAAGAUGAUAAAGAUCAAGAUGAGUCAGAUACAGACACUGAGGGAGAAAAAACUCCACUGAAACUGAGUAAAACUUCAUCAUCUUUGAAGAGCUCUUCCAUUGGCGUUGCAGCUCAUUCUACUCCACUUAAUCUCCAAGUAGCAAAGACCCCGAGCUCUGUGCCAGCUGCCUUAUGUCCUGAGUCCCAGCCUGCAGUUUUUCUUGGGACACCACCAUCUGCUCUUACACCAAGUACACACUGUGGUCUCUCAAAAAGACGAAGAGUAACAGAUGAACGAGAGCUGCGUGUUCCUCUUGAAUAUGGCUGGCAAAGAGAAACCCGAAUAAGAAACUUCGGUGGUCGUCUUCAAGGAGAAGUAGCGUAUUUUGCACCUUGUGGAAAGAAGUUGAGACAGUAUCCUGAAGUAGUAAAGUAUCUCAGCAGAAAUGGAAUAAUGGAUAUCUCAAGGGACAAUUUCAGCUUCAGUGCAAAAAUAGGAGUGGGUGACUUCUAUGAAGCCAGAGAUGGACCGCAGCAGUUGGAAGUUCAUGCAGUUGUGAGCAGGAUGGACCUGAGUGGUGUCAUUGAGAACAUUCCUCGUGCUGUGAACGUCACGCGGUGUCGUCAGA